UAGAAACAGUUCUCUGUGGUUUUCAGUGCGCGAUGAGUCUCGAAACGAUGAGCGAUUUGAGGAAAAAGUACAAAAACUGGAGAUCAUACGUAAAGUUUGUAAAGCUAGUUUCAGACGCCGGAAUGGAAGAUGAAACUAUGUUUGGUGAAAAGCAAUCGAUACGGGACUCGGCCCGCUCGCUCAAGAAGUACGGCAGCAUAUCCGGCGGAAGUCGAAGCCCGGCUGCAUUACAGCCCACCGACGCACUGAUACGACAUGACGUUGAGCGGACCGAUACGCUGCAGGGUCUUGCGUUGAAAUACGGAUGUAGCAUGGAACAAAUUAGGCGAGUAAAUAGGCUACUGCCAACGGAUACCAUCUUUCUGCGGCCGUUUCUUAUGGUACCCGUGGCGAAAGACUCACCCCACUAUCCUAAGGAUCCGGAAGCAAUCAUACGUCCAAACGCGCUGUCCAGUCGGAUGAUGACAUCAGGCAGCAGCAGUGGAGGUGCUAGUGGAAGCGGGAGCAGCAGCAUUAUUAGCAACAACAACAACAACAGUAUCAGCUCCGACGGUAAUGGGUACUCGCUAAGCGAAGAAUCACCGCUCGUAUCGCCCGAAGAGGAAAGUCGCAAAAAUCUGGAAGAAUUUCUUGGCAAAAUCGACAGCUCGAUUGCAUCGACCCGCAAAUGCAUUGCGGAGGUACAGCGAAACAGUGACUUCGUAACGAGCAGCCAGAGCGACGAUAAUCUGUUCUUCUCGUCUUCGUCCGGCGGUGGUGUUAGCGGGAGCGGUAGCAGUGGCUACUAUUCGAAACCGCGUGCCUACUCGAAUGCAUCGUCUUCGUCCUCGAUCUCGUCUUACCAGCAGUAUCACUAUCAUUUACCGAGUGGUGGUGCCGGCGGUGGUGGCAACAAUGUGUCCGCUGCUGGUGGUAGUGGCGCGAACCAUCAUCACAAGCGCCAGAGUUCCUCCGGUAGUGCCGCGUCCGACACGAACCAGCUGAUUGUGAUGACGCAAGGCAAGCGGGUGCAAAGUUCACUUCAAAAGCUGGAACGCCAGCAAGACGAACUGUUCGAAUUGUAGCACCAACCGUCAUGGCACCAAACCGAAA